AUGACCUUUGCACGGGACAGCGACACCAUCCGCGCAGGGGACUGGAUCAUCGUCUACUCCUCGCGCACCUCGAUCUCGUCCGAGCAUGUCCAGCCAGGCAAAGAGAUCCAGUCACGCUACGGCUGCUUCAGGCACAACGACAUGCUCGGGAAACCUUGGGGGACCAAACUCGCAUCGACCAACGGGAGGGGGUUCGUCUUCCUCUUGAAGCCCACGCCCGAACUCUGGACCCAAGCGCUCCCUCACCGCACCCAAAUCCUCUACCUCCCCGACAUCGCCUUCAUCACCUCGUAUCUCGACAUCAAGCCCGGCAGCCGCGUCAUCGAGGCCGGAACUGGGUCGGGAUCGUUCACGCAUGCGUUGGCACGGACAGUCGGCUCGAAGGGCCACGUCCACUCGUUUGAAUACCACGAAGAGCGUUUCCUCAAAGCCCAGGAAGAGUUCAAGCAACAUGGGUUGAAGGAGGUCGUUACUGUCAAGCAUCGGAACGUGUACAAGGAUGGGUUUGAUGGGCUUGAGGAUGAGGUGGAUGCUGUCUUCCUCGACUUGCCGGCACCGUGGGAGGCGCUCGAGCAUGCCAAGAAGGCGAUGCGGAAAUCCUCCCAAUCGCGCAUCUGCUGUUUCUCCCCCUGCAUCGAACAAGUGAUCCGCACCUGCUCCACCCUCUCCUCUCUCGGCUUCUCCAACAUCACAAUGUUCGAGACCCUCUCUCGGACGAUUGAUCCCACCCCACUCAUUGGAGGAGGAGGGGCGAAGGGGGUUGAGGAGGCGGUGAGGAGGAUUAGGGAGGUUGAGGGGAAGAAGGAACGGAGGAGGGAGGGGCAGAUUAGGGAGGCUAAGAGGAGGAGGGAGGAGAAGCGUAGGGGAACCGGAGGGGGAGCUGGUGGCGACCCUGCCGUCGCGCCGGAAGAACGACCGGACGAGACACAGGCGGAAGAGGAGGACGCGGAACCCGACUCGAAGCGCUCCAAACCCACCGCCGCCGACUCGUCCGCCUCGACUCCAGCGCCUCAGGGAAGACGUCCGCGCUCCGAACGCGAGUUUACGAUGAAGACUGGAGCGUACGCGAGGGGCCAUACGAGUUUCUUGACUUUUGCGGUGUUGUUGCCGCAGGAGCACGCGUCCAGGGAGGAGGAGGCGGAGGGGAAGGAGCGGGAGAAGAAGGACAUGGUGGAGAAGCGGGAGGACGGGCAAGGGGAGGGGGAGAAGCGGAUGGAGGAGGAGUAA